UAUCUCAAAAUAGCAAAAGAAAAACGUUCAAGUUAAGAGGAAACUUCAAAUAAAGGUUAAUACUAUGAGCACCACAUCCCAGAGGCCCCAUAGAAUGUUCAACUAACCACCAAAGAUUGCCUUGUUUCAUUUAUUUUCAUAAUAUACAUCCCAUUGGUUUGGUGUAAUGAAACUCCUGGCCCUGUUGGAGCCAAUGGGCUGUUGAUUAGCAUGUUGUUGGUCAUUGGACUGUGUUCAAUGGGGCAGAAAGCCAGUCCUGCUGCAGCAGAAGCAGUAACUCUCUCUGCUCCCCUAACUGCUGCUCUGACCUUUCACUCUUAGGCAGGCAGAAUAUAUGCAAUCAGUCACCUCCGCAUCACAACACCACCCGGGUGACAUCACUCAAACAUAUGCAUGCAUCAGGGAGUAAAAGAAUCCUGCCUGGGUUAUGUUUAAUAUAGAUCACUGAGUAACUGACUAAUAUGUAGAGACAAGGGCUAGAAAUGCAUACACACAGAUACAGUGAUGGUGAGAAUACUACUGAAGUUAUUUUAGCCUGACAGUCAAAGGGUACAGUAGUAUUUCAAUGAUAUGUUCAACAGCUUUUCUGAUAUUUAGACGUUCUAGAAAAGCAUGAAUCUCUAUUUCCUGUAUUUCAAUGUUGUCUGGAGACUUUUUCCAGUCUGUGAUGCAUGUUGUCAUAUCAGUACUGUAGAGCACACCGCACCCAGCCUCUCUUUCCAGAUCUAUCUGGUGUCCACUUCUGUAACUGUAACCCAAUUAAAGCAGAGCAAUGGCUCUCAUUAUUGAAACUGAGAGGCAACAGCCACUAACAGGCUGUUCAGUGCCUUCCAAAUCUGCAGAAACAUUUAAGAUAGAUGUAAAGGUGAAAAUAUUUUGUUUCUCUUGUUCUGUAAAUAUUGAUUCUGUGCUCCAUCAGGUGUAUUGUUGUAGCAGCAACUAGUGAGGAUCUUAAUAAAAUACUACAUAUGAGAGUAGUUAGGCCAAAUACAUCAACAAUGAGAAGUGAACACUUUAUGUCAUGUACCUUUUGGAAAUCACCCAUCCUUAGCUGGGCUGGGGGAGGGGGACCAGCCCUGCCUUAGCUGGUGCCGGGGACCCGCCUUAGCUGGCUGGGGCCGAGGGACUCGCCUUGCCUUGCUGUCCACAUCCUCUUGUUUCUGCUGUCCUGUCUCAUUCUGUAUGAGACAUCUCGAGGGAGCCUCCUCGUGGCGCCCGCACAUAUAAAACCAGUGGUUUGCAACUCCCGGACACUGAGUCCAGCCUCGCCCCACGCACGCGUCACCGCUUAAUGGAUUCUUCAGCCGUUCAGCAUCCUCUGCCCCGACCAGCUCAGCGGAAUUAACGGCGCGACAGCUACCGGACAAAAUAUCUCUCCUCUUCUUUAUACAGGUGCAGGCUGCCAGUGCUGAAACUGUUCCAGGGUGUUGGUCAGCAGAGCUGCAGACUACUUGUCCGUCCGUCUGUCUGUCUGUUUGUCUGGGUGAGCAGGACAGGAGGAGCAAUGGCUAACAGGGGACCCAGUUACGGGCUGAGCAAGGAGGUGCAGGAGAAGAUAGAGCUGAAGUAUAAUCUAGACUUGGAGGCCCGGCUGGUGGACUGGAUCGUAGCUCAGUGUGGGGGGAAUCUGGAGAGACCACAGCCAGGCAGACAGAACUUCCAGACAUGGCUGAUGGAUGGAACAAUUCUGUGUAGGCUCAUCAAUAGCCUGUACCCGCGUGGUAAGGAGCCCAUCAAGAAGAUUCUGGAGACCCAGAUGGCCUUUAAGCAGAUGGAGAAGAUCUCCCAGUUCCUGCAGGCUGCAGAGGUCUACGGAGUCAUCACCACAGACAUCUUCCAGACCGUGGACCUGUGGGAAGGGAAGGACAUGGCCGCGGUGCAGAGAACCCUGAUGGCCCUAGGUAGUGUCGCCCUCACCAAGGACGACGGACAUUACCAUGGCGACCGCGACUGGUUCCACAGGAAAGCCCAGGGUUACCGGCGGGAGUUCUCUGAGGACCAGCUUCGUCAAGGCCAGAGUCUGAUUGGUCUGCAGAUGGGAAGCAACCGCGGGGCCUCUCAGUCCGGCAUGACAGGCUACGGAUCGCACCGCCAGAUCAUGUAGAGACACCAGCCAGCCGCUCAGCCAGCUGCCAGCCGCUCCCUCAGCAUGGCUGUGUACUCCAGAAGAAAGCUCCAUCACACCCCUGGAACCUUAUGAUAUGACCCAACCACUUUUCCCCCUUCCCCAGAAGCACUAGCAAAUCACACGCACACACACGCUUUUACUGUUCAUCCUCAACCCAAACAGAGUGCUCCUUAUACCCCAACCACAAUUCUAUAGACCUCAGUGCUUUCUGCUUCCCCCACCCCCGCUCUCCAUCCAUAUGGUCCCACUCUCUCCAUCCAUAUGGUCCCACUCUCUCCAUCCAUAUGGUCCCACUCUCGCCAUCCAAAUGGUCCCACUCUCUCCAUCCAUAUAGUCCUGCUAGCCAUUCCCUUCAGUGGAUGAAGUCUUCGUAAUUCAGUCGGUACAGAGAACCCAAGAUUGAAGUCAUCCCUCUACAAAACAAGCAAAUAGUAUUUUACACUUCUAACAAAUAUUACAGCAUGACAACGUUAUAGCAUGUUACACAUUUUAAUUAACUCUUUGUUUGUAUGUACAGUAGAUGUGUCUGAGUCAUUGUAUAGUCAUUUGGGAGGGUUUGCUAUACCUCAUGAAAAGUUUAAUGUGUAACCGAAUGGAACUCAGUGAACGAUGAUGCCUCGGAUGUCUUGUGUCAAUAUGUGAAGACUUUGCAGUAACUUCUGUAACCAAAUGACCAUCACAUUGUGCCUGGUUAAUAUAGUAAAGAGACCAUAAACUAUGCCUUGUAUAAGAGAUGCCACCCACCCUAAUGCAGAGGAAUUCAUAGACCUAAAUUCAGUUCUGUUUUUGUACUAACAUUCUGUGCUGUGCAUUUAUUACUUAUGUAUAAUUGAUGUAAUGUACUUGUAUGUGCCCACUGUCCAUGUGUGUUUCAGCCAAUCCCAUGAUUGUUAAAGACCCACAGUAUGAAAGUGACACUAGGAUCAUUUUGUUCCAGGCCUGAUAUUGCUUGAAUGUAUUUUUUUCCCCUUCAA